CUCCCCCCCGCCAUGUCAUUUCCCCACUAUGAAUGGAGUUGCUGCCCGCUCCAGACUCUUUGCUCUGCGUAUAGUCUGAAGAAUCAAUUCUGCCACAGUGGGCUGCGAUGAUCAUGGAUGAUCAAUGAUCGUUGGAAUGCGUGGGCUCCAGCAGUGUGAUGGCGAUGGCGAUGGCGAAUGUUGAUGACGAAGAAGGAGGGCGGCACGGCGGAGACUGUUUACAGUUCCCCCUCGUCAUUGACCCCAUCAUUGGCAUCAUGGCCAUCAUUGUUUGUCCCGAUGCCCUGAUCGAGGCUGCUCUCGCCAGACAGAUAGCCUUUUUGGUGGGGGAAACUCCAACGCAACUAAUGGAGAUCUGUUAUCUCCGAGUGUCACGCCGACAUGGUGGGCACCAGGGUCACAUGACCGAUGAGCAUAAUUUCCAGGUGAGGCUUAGUCCCGGAAUUCCGUCCGCCUAUCUUUCUCCGCACUUGCUCCGCUUCCCUUUCGAGGGGCUGUGCUGUGCCGGGCAGGCAGCGAGGGGGAGGUUUCAGAUAGACGAUAGAUCAUCAGAUUAUCGACUAUUGCUUCGAUUCCCUAACCACAGCAACACAUGGUCUUUCGAGUCAUCAUCACCCUCACCAUCCUCACGAGAGAGCCUCAGCAGUUCCCGCUCGGGUCGCGGAUUAGGCGAUUUCCGUUGUCAGCCCAGACCCCAGCUCAUAGCCACUAACUUACUACAGCCCACCGCUCCCCAGCAGAUUACACGCGAGACAGCCACUUAGCGCGGGCUACAUGUUAUUCGGGUAACUCUGACCCUGCACAGCCAUGUCUUUUGAGUCGUUGCCAAGCGGCCGACACGUUUGUCGAGGGGGAUAUUCAGUGAUAGUGGCCCCCAAGGGACGAUCAAU